CAUCAUCAUGUCGUCCACAGAGACCGUCACCGCGGCUGCGCCGUCACUCUCGCUUCAGGGGGAGAAGGUGCUUCCCAAGCCCGACUCGCACAAGCUUCCCAAGGUCAAGAAGGUGCCAACCUUUGAGACCAAGGAGGAAGAACGCGAAUGGGCCAAGGCACAGAUGGCGGGUGCCUUCCGAGUAUUUGCCAAGUUGGGCUUCUCGGACGGCGUCGCUGGACACAUGAGCCUCAGAGACCCCGUGGAUCCUAAACUGUUCUGGAUCAACCCAUACGCCAUGCACUUCAGCUUGAUCAAGGUGUCCGACCUGGUGCUUGUCGACGAGGAGGGCCAGAUUCAAGCGGCCACGCCGCACACCGUCAGCCAUGCGGGCUUCAUCAUUCAUUCGGUGCUGCACCAGAUGCGGCCGGACGUCAAUGUCGCCGUGCAUCUGCACUCGCCCCACGGCGUGGCCUGGUCUGCUUUUGGCAGGCCCGUCGAGAUGCUUGUGCAGGACAUGUGCUACUUCUACGACGAUCUUUCCGUUUACGAGGGCUUUGGCGGUACGGUCCUGGCCAAGGAGGAGGGCAUGAACCUCGCCCGGGCUCUUGGCCCUAAGAACAAGAAUAUUAUCCUGCAAAACCACGGAAUUUUGACCUGUGGUUCAAAUGUCGGAGAGGCCGCCGGUUUCUUUAUCGCCUUGGAGCGGGCGUGUCAGAGGCAGCUCAUGAUCGAGGCGGCGGCUGCCAGCGGGAUUCCCAAGCGAUAUAUCCCCGAGGCGGAGGCAGCCUAUUCCAAGAAGUACGACUAUACCUCGGAGAACACGUACAUGUCAUUCCAGCCGGAAUACCAGGCAAUUCUUGCUGAGACGAGGGGGGCAUUCUUGGAAUAGAUAUAGGAUUUACAGGUUCAGACAUGG